AUGAGCAAAAGAGAAAAUUCUGCUGAUGAGUUUAGUGUCUCUAAAAGACAACAUAUCCAAGAUGAUAUUAAGUCUGGAAAACACCCACUUGCCACUUUAAUGAGUUUGAUUCCUGGGAAAGAACAGAAGAUAGAUAUUCCUGAGCAAGAUGAAGUAUCCAUUGGCAGAAGUAGGUCCUGUGAUGUUACUUUGAAUGAAUUGGAUAUAUCUACAAGGCACUGUAAACUUUUUUUAGUGGAGAUGGAUGUUGGACAUGGUAAAAGCAAGUUGUUGAAUAUUGUAGACAAGAGUAGGAAUGGUACUUUUAUUAAUGGCAAUCGAUUAGUAAGGAAGGAUUAUAUGCUAAAAAACGGUGAUAGGAUAGUAUUUGGUAAGACUUGUUCUUUUUUGUUUAAAUAUCAGAGUUACAGCGACGGUGAUAAUAUAGAAUUAGAAAAAUCCAAUGAGGAUGCAUUUAAGAAGCCGCUAUUUGGGUUCACCAGUAGCCAGAGCAUGAUCCGUAAACAUUUGCAAAAGGCCAGACAAGAAUCUGUUUUUGAUAAAUAUAUAAUCGGUAAAGAAUUGGGAUCAGGGCAUUAUGCAAUUGUUAAAGAGGGAAGAAAUAAGAAAACAGGACAAUCAGUAGCAAUCAAGAUAUUCCAUCCUCAAUUAAAUGAUGAUCAGAAGAAGAACCACCAAUUUAGAGAAGAAACUGAUAUCCUUAUGAGAGUUCACCAUCCAAAUAUUGUCAACCUUUUGGAUAGUUAUGUAGAACCACUGAGUAAGUCUCAAAUACAGAAAUAUCUGGUAUUAGAUAAGAUAGAUGAUGGUGAAUUAUUUGAUAGAAUUGUUCGAAAAACUUCGCUUUCUCAGAAUGAAACAAAAGCACUGUUUAAACAAAUAUUAUCUGGUAUACAGUAUUUACAUGGGCAAAAUAUUAUUCACAGAGAUAUCAAACCUGAAAACAUUUUAUUAAAUAUUACCAGAAGAACUUCAAAUGAUCAAAUUAAAACUGGACCAUGGGACGAAGAUGAGAUUGAUAUCCAAGUGAAGAUUGCAGACUUUGGUUUAGCUAAAUUUACAGGGGAAUUACAAUUUACUAACACAUUAUGUGGUACUCCGUCAUAUGUUGCACCUGAGGUAUUACGAAAAACCGGUUACACUUCAAAAGUAGAUAUAUGGAGUACUGGCGUAUUAUUAUAUGUAUGUUUGUGUGGUUUCCCUCCAUUUAGUGAUCAAUUGGGCCCGCCAACUUUGAAAGAACAAAUUUUACAAGGAAAAUUUGCUUUCUUCUCACCAUACUGGGAUGAAAUCAAUGAUUCAGUACUGCAUCUAAUAUCUAACCUACUGGUAGUAAAUCCUGCUCAGAGAUAUAGUAUUGAAGAUAUGAUAAAUCAUGAAUGGUUCAAUGACAUUAAGAGCAAUUCUGUGUCUGUAGUGAUGGAACGUUUAAAAAUAACUGACUCUAAAAUGCCAAAAACAUAUUCAGAACUUUCGUGUUUAUAA